AUGAAGCUUUAGGAUAUAAACAUUUCCUAAGAGCCAUUUUUAUUGACUUACCAUCAUGUUCUAAUAUUUAAUUAUUUCAUCUAUGGUUCAUUAGAUAUUGUCAGAGCAGGACAAUUAGGGUAAAACAUGAACUGCUAAUCACUAGGUAAAAGGUCGAUAUUCUUGAUAUGCUGAUUUGAUUGAUUCAGCUUUGGAUUUAGUGAGAAAAGAGGCAAAAAAUUGCGAUAAUUUUUAAGGAUUUUAAACUACUAAUUCUUUUGGUGGAGGUACAGAAUCAACGAGAACAUUAUUUAAAGUAGGAUUUCCAUAUAGAAUGUGGCAAUAUUCUCCACUAUUGAAUUGUUUAAAGAUAUAACUAUUUUUUUAUUUUAAAUUAUUAAAUUUAAGUGUAAUUUCAAUAAUACAGUGAUUGAACCGAUAAUGCAGUAUUACGAACUAAGUAAGGGAUUGAAUAACGGUGAUGAUUAUUGA